AUGGAAGCGAAGGAAACUAACAGGACACGAAAAUCUCCGGGGACGCGUGGAAAAGAGUAUCGAAGGAGUCCCACUGAAGCUCGGCAAGGUAGUGACAGAGAUGGAAAUAUCGAGGGUGGCAGUCGGGGAGAGGCAUCUGAACCACCAAAACUGUACCAUACUCUAACAGCUUGCACACGGUGCAGAACUCGUAAAACCCGUUGUGAUGCCGGAUUACCGAAGUGUGGGCCUUGCGAGCGAAGUAGGGCGCACUGUGAAUUCUUCGAUUCGACAAAACAAAAGACCAUACCUAGAAGUUAUGUCGUCCAUCUACAAGCCAAGGUUCGGGCUCUGGAGGAGGAAAUAAAGAUGCGGGAGGCCUUGACACUUGAGGUUGAGACACCCAAUAUUGAAGACCUGGUAAGGGGGGUUGCCAUGGUGAAUUUCGCAGACUAUGAACAUUACAAAGAACCACGAUAUGUUGGAACUUCGAAUGGGUUCACUGUGACUCGACAUGCGUUGCGGUCCAGUCCAGAUCCCGAGAAUCAUUAUCACAGCUCUGUUCCAGCAACAAAGCUUCCAAACCGUGAGAUUACUGAUAAACUUGUUGAUCGAUUUUCUCUUUAUCAACUCCCAGUUUUACAUGAACCGACGUUCAUCCAAGAUGUGGCCGAUGUAUAUUCCGGUUCAAUAGAUCCUUAUAAGAACUUCCAAUUGAAAAUGGUGUUGGCUAUCAGCAUGCAGAGGCUUUCACGGCAAUAUGCAACUAUUGCAGAUAGCUAUUUCCUGGCGGGACUGGAACACCUCGAGGAGGUUUUAGAAUCUAUGGACCACCGAACACUCCAGUGUUUGCUUGUUAUGGCACAGUAUGCUCUAGUCACACCUACUCGUAUGGCGGUGUACCAUAUAGUUGGCAUUGCUGUACGACUUUGUAUGCAGCUUGGAUACCAUCAAGAACGAACAAUCAUGUUGAGCGAAACUCCUCUCGACUGUAUAACCAAGGAUAUGCGCAGGAGAUUCUUUUGGUCGUUGGCAUCUAUGGAAUACGGCCUUUCGCAUGUUCUGGGCCGGCCUUCCUCCUUUGCUACAGCAGACUCGUUCGUCGAUGUUGGGUUUUAUGAGACUGUUGAUGACGCUUGUAUAACUAUAGAAGGGAUAUUGCCCGGGCCCCCAUCUCCCAAAAAGUUGAUAUCUAUGCAUUUCUUUAGAAUGAGGAGAUUGCAGGCGGAGAUCCGACAAACCCUUUAUCAGAACCCUAGAGAAAACCCGAAGAGUGAUGAAGACCCUUGGUUCCAUGAAAUGAGUGCAAAACUUGACAAUUGGAGAGCUACCUGCCCUCAGAACGAUCAGGGAAGUGGCAUGAGUUAUGACUGGUUUGACCAUAGGUAUCAUCUCAUGCGCAUCUUCCUUUUCCACCCAACUCCGCAGAUACCUCAACCAUCCCUUGAGGCCACCAUACUAUGCUACCAUUCAUCAGUUAAAGGAAUCCACCUCCAAAAGAAGAUGUUCGACGAGAAAACCAUAGAAUUUACCUGGGUUUAUCUGCACCAGAUAUAUACAGCGACUCUGACCCUUAUCUGGGCAUUGUAUAACGAGGGAAUUCGUGAGCUGCAUUCGAAAAAGGAGGUUGAAUCCAACUUUGAGAUCAGCUUAUCACUUUUGACUGUACUGGCCGAACGAUGGCCUGGAACGGAAGCUGCAGCAGACUUAUUUGAUAGGCUAGCCCGGGCAGCAUUGCAAAGUUAUACCACAGACCAAGGGAAAUCCCCAGUGUCAACGCACUCUUCGAUACCCUCACACUCCACUGCCACCUCACCAAGCCCUCAAAAGGAAUCUUCGCCACUCCACAGGCAUUCAUCCUCAUAUGCUAGUUCUCCAAGUGUUCAGUCUGUAGAAGAAACAACUCCUAGUCCGGCGGCUUCUUGGGCUGCGAAUUACAUCGGAGGAUCACACUUUUUUGAGAAUAAUCCGAGUAGAAGCGCGUCGGGGACAGAUGUUCCCCAGGCUCUGCAGGAUAUGAUGUUCAGCCCCCACCAAAUGUACGGUGUUUUUGGGAGCGGUCCAGGUGGUGGAACACGCCAUGGAGUUCCGGCAUUUGUAGGAGCCUGGGACCCCGUAAAUACCUUCUCUCAACAUACAGUGGCCGCCCAGGCCAUUAAUCCAUUGGUGGCGGGUUCCCCAAUUCAGCAGCCUGUUGGAAGUUCCCACGACCAUAGAGUGCUCAAUCAACAGCAACAACAGAGCGAGUUAAUGAGUAUCCUUGAAACUGAAGCAAUGGAGACUCUCGACGAUUCUCGGCCCUGGGUACCUGAUUACGAUGAACACCUCCAUUUUUAUUGA